GCUUUCUCUCCGUGUCCCUUCCCUCUGGCAGGAAAUAGAGGAAGGGCUAACUGGCUUUGGGAACCAGGUGAGCGCUUUUCCCAGGGGAUGAGAAACGCUCCCUCCCCUCCCCCUACUUUCAGAGGGACAGGAAAUCUAGGAGGUUCCUGCAGCCUGAGCGGCCGGCUUUCCAGUCAUCUGAAGGCCCCGGUGGCCCAGCGUGGGAGGUGCCACACCCCGCACAGUGUCUCCUGGGAUGUGAGGAGGGAAGUGGCGGCCCAGACAAGGGGGCAGGGCUAUCGCGGGCUGAGUGGAGCUCCCGGGUGGGGAACUCGCUGCGUGCUGCCCUAGAUGCUGAGCGGGGUGGCCCACGUGUGGCGGUGUGUGCGGGGGUGCAUCUGUGGGGAGGCGCCUGCGUGCGGCCGUGAGUGGGUGGGGAGGGGCGUGGGAGACGCGCGCGUUUGGCGACCUGCAAGGGUGUGUGUGAGGUGUGCCUGGAGAAGGGCAGCGCGUACGCGGGGCGCGUGCGUAUGGGGGUACGUGCGUGUGAGGUGCUUGCGUGUAGGCGUGCGUCAGGGGGCGGGGUGAACGGAAAGGACAGCUGACUGACGACGGGGGUGGGACGGACACUGCGUGCGUGCGGGACCGAGGCACACCUAGUUGUGCCAUCUUCACACAAAGCCCACCAAGCACCAUCCUAUAAAGUCAUACGCCUGAAUCUUCUUGAUUUGCCAGGAUGAACAGUCAAAAGAAAAGAAAAGAUAUGGAACCUGCUCGUACUUGGAGUUUAUUGUCUGAACAGAAAGCUGCUUCAAAUUCUCAGGCUUCAUUGUCAUGGAAGGAGCUCAUAGAUUCCUGGGAAAUAUUUAGAAAACAUCUGAAAGAAAAAUACCUAAACAUAGGAGUCCAUAAAUGUUAUCAUCAUGGCAAUCAUAUAGAGUCACGGCUGCUUCUUAUAAAAGAACAUGGUAUAUCAGAAAAGACACCGUGUGGGAUUCCUCAACAAGAUAAUUUUAUUGAUAUGGGACAUGUAUUUGAUCCUGAUGAAGAGGGCUGCAGCUCAUCCCAAACUGUAGUGCUUCAGGGAUGUGCUGGGAUUGAGAAAACAGCUGUGGUGCACAAGUUCAUGUUUGACUGGGCAGCAGGAAUGGUUACUCCAGGAAGGUUUGACUAUCUCAUCUAUGUAAACUGCAGAGAAAUAAGCCAUAUUGCUAACCUUAGUGCUGCUGACUUGAUCACUAACACUUUUCAAGAUAUAGAUGGACCAAUUCUGGACAUUAUUCUUGUGUAUCCAGAGAAGCUUCUUUUCAUACUUGAUGGAUUUCCUGAGCUCCAGCAUCCUGUAGGUAACCUGGAAGAGGAUCUUAGUGCUAACCCCCAGGAGCAGAAACCAGUAGAGACCCUCUUACGUAGUUUUGUGAGGAAAAAACUGUUCCCUGAAUCCUCCCUGCUGAUAACUGCCCAGCCUGCAACCAUGAAGAAGCUCUACUCUCUGUUAAAACAACCUAUCCAGGCCAAGAUCAUUUGGUUUACAAAUGCUGAAAAGAGAGCAUAUUUCUUGAGUCAGUUUUCAGGUGCUAAUGCAGCAAUGAGAGUCUUUUAUGAGCUGCGACAAAAUCAAAGCCUUGACAUUAUGUCCUCUCUUUCCAUCAUCUCCUGGAUGAUCUGCAGUGUCCUGCAGUCACAGGAAGAUGGUGACAGGAGUCUUAUGAGGUCACUUCAGACCAUGACUGAUGUGUAUCUGUUUUACUUUUCCAAGUGCCUCAAAACCAUUACAGUUAUCUCAGUGUGGAAGGGACAAAGUUGUCUGUGGGGCCUUUGCUCUUUGGCUGCAGAGGGACUACAGAACCAACAGGUCCUAUUUGAAGUCCAUGACCUCAGGAGACAUGGGAUAGGGGUAUAUGAUAUCAAUUGCACUUUUCUAAAUUACUUUUUGAAAAAAUCUGAAGAAGUGUCAAUAUCUACACUUUUCUUCACUUCAGUUUCCAAGAGUUCUUGACUGCUGUGUUCUAUGCCCUAAAGAAUGACGGCAGCUGGAUGUUUUUUGAUCAAGUGGGGAAAACGUGGCAAUAAAUAUUCCAACAAUAUGGGAAAGGGUUUUCAUCAUUAACGAUACAGUUCUUGUUUGGCCUCUUACGUAAAGGAAAGGGAAAGGCUGUGGAAACUACUUUUGGAAGAAAAGUCUCCCCAGGACUUCGAGAGGAAUUAUUGAAAUGGACUGAGAAAGAAAUAACGGAUAAAUAUUCUAUGUUACAGAUUGAGCCAAUGGACUUAUUUCAUUGUUUGUAUGAGAUUCAGGAAGAAGAAUAUGCAGAAAAGAUAAUUGGUGAUUUACAAUCAAUUAUAUUGCUUCAACCUACCUACACAAAAAUGGACAUUCUGGCUAUGUCAUUCUGUGUAAAAAGCAGUCACAGUCAUCUGUCAGUGUCUCUGAAGUGUCAGCACCUAAUUGGAUUUGAGGAGGAAGAGCAAGUCUCUGCAUUCAUGACACCAGUCUUUACACUUAAUCAGUCCUUCAAGCUAUGCAAUUUGCCAGUGUCUCGUCUACACUUGCUCUGCCAAGCACUACGUAAUCCAUGCUGUAAAAUCAAAGACCUGAAGUUGUACGGAUGCCUUAUAUCUCCUGCUUCUUGUGGGGCACUAGCAGCUGUUCUCAGCACCAGUCAGUGGCUCACUGAUCUGGAAUUUAGGGAAACAAAACUGGAAGCUUCAGCUCUGAAAUUGCUCUGUGAAGGCUUAAAAGAUCCAAAUUGCAAAUUACAGAAGCUCAAGUAAGUUGUAACUGUUAGUUUCCUUACUGCAAGAAAAAAAAUUUAAAUAUGCAACUCAAAAUGGACAUUUUGUGAUCAAAACAUUUCAAAGAGCCAUGGAGAGGAAGAAUAAAAAGUGACAGUCCCUAAAAUUGUUUCUAUGCAACAAGUUUAGGAAGAGAAUUUUCAUUGUAAGUAACAAUAACAUCAAUGACUAUAAUAAUAACCCACACUUAUUGAACAGUUACUUUGUGCUAACCAUUGGGCUGAGUGCUUUGUAUCCAUUAUUUCCUUUAAUUAUUAUCCCCAUUUUAGCAGAUGAGGAACUGGAGACCUAAGAUCAUAAGACUAAAUAACAUGGUAAAGGCACAAUUCAAAACCGACAUGUGUUUGACUUCAAAGUCCAUGGUAAUGAUUUUAAUAUAUAAUUUAUCAUAUACAUGUUAGGGUUCUCUAGAGAAACAGAACAAAUAAGAUAUAUACAAAAUAUGCAGUUGACUCUUGAACAAUAUGGAGGUUGGGGGGCCACUCCUACCCCCGCCAGUUGAAAAUCCACAUAGAACUUUUGACCUUCCAAAAACUUAACUACAAAUAGCCUACGGUUGACUGGAAGCCUUAUUGAUAACAUGAACAGCCAACUAACACAUUCUGUAUAUAUUUAUUAUAUGCUGUAUUAAAAUAAAGUAAGCUAGAGGAGAGAAAAUGUUAAGAAAAUCAUAAGAGAAAAAUACGUUUACAGUACUAUACUGUAUUUAUCAAAAAGUCAUGUUUAAGUGAACUUGUGCAGUU